CGCAGCCUCAGCGCCCGCGGCCCCGGCAGGCGCGUCGGGACGCCGGGAGGCAUCUUCCCCCCUCCCGCCGCCCCGGGAGCCUGGGCUCCCGUCCGCCUUCCCGCAUCCCCUCGCUGUGCGCACCGCCGCGCCUCCUCCCCGGGCUUCAGACCCCCGGCCUCGCCCCCGAAACAUGACUCGCGAUUUCAAACCUGGAGACCUCAUCUUCGCCAAGAUGAAAGGUUAUCCUCAUUGGCCAGCUCGAGUAGAUGAAGUUCCUGAUGGAGCUGUAAAACCACCCACAAACAAACUACCCAUAUUCUUUUUUGGAACUCAUGAGACUGCUUUUUUAGGCCCAAAGGAUAUAUUUCCUUACUCAGAAAAUAAGGAAAAGUACGGCAAACCAAAUAAACGAAAAGGCUUUAAUGAAGGUUUAUGGGAGAUAGAUAAUAAUCCGAAAGUGAAAUUUUCAAGUCAACAGGCAUCAACUAAGCAAUCGAAUGCAUCAUCUGAUGUUGAAGUUGAAGAAAAAGAAACAAGUGUUUCAAAGGAAGAUACUGACCAUGAAGAAAAAGCCAGCAAUGAGGAUGUGACUAAAGCAAUUGACAUAACCACUCCAAAAGCUGCCAGAAGAGGGAGAAAGAGAAAGGCAGAAAAACAAGUAGAAACUGAGGAGGCAGGAGUAGUGACAACAGCAGCAGCAUCUGUUAAUCUGAAAGUGAGUCCUAAAAGAGGGCGACCUGCAGCUACAGAAGUCAAGAUUCCGAAACCAAGAGGCAGACCCAAAAUGGUAAAACAGCCCUGCCCUUCAGAGAGUGACAUGGUAACUGAAGAAGACAAAAGUAAGAAAAAGGGGCAAGAAGAAAAACAACCUAAAAAGCAGCUUAAAAAGGAUGAAGAGGGCCAGAAAGAAGAAGAUAAGCCAAGAAAAGAGCCAGACAAAAAAGAGGGGAAGAAAGAAGUUGAAUCCAAAAGAAAAAAUUCAGCUAAAACAGGGGUUACAUCAACCUCUGAUUCUGAAGAGGAAGGGGAUGAUCAAGAAAGUGAAAAGAAGAGAAAAGGUGGAAGAAACUUUCAGACUGCUCAUAGAAGGAAUAUGUUGAAAGGCCAACAUGAGAAAGAAGCAGCAGAUAGAAAACGCAAGCAAGAGGAACAGAUGGAAACGGAGCAGCAGAAUAAAGAUGAAGGAAAGAAGCCAGAAGUUAAGAAAGUGGAGAAGAAGCGAGAAACAUCAAUGGAUUCUCGACUUCAGAGGAUACAUGCUGAAAUUAAAAAUUCACUCAAAAUUGAUAAUCUUGACGUGAACAGAUGUAUUGAGGCCUUGGAUGAACUUGCGUCACUUCAGGUCACGAUGCAACAAGCUCAGAAACACACAGAGAUGAUCACCACGCUGAAAAAAAUACGGCGAUUCAAAGUCAGUCAGAUUAUCAUGGAAAAGUCCACAAUGUUGUAUAACAAGUUUAAGAAUAUGUUUUUGGUUGGUGAAGGAGAUUCUGUGAUCACACAAGUGCUGAAUAAAUCUCUUGCCGAACAAAGACAGCAUGAGGAAGCAAAUAAAACCAAAGAUCAAGGGAAGAAAGGGCCAAACAAAAAGCUAGAAAAGGAACAAACAGGUUCAAAGACUCUGAAUGGAGGAUCCGAUGCUCCAGACAGUAACCAAGCACAGCACAAUGGAGACAGCAGUGAAGAAAGCAAAGACAAGCAUGAGGCCAGCAGUAAGAAAAAGCCAUCCAAUGAAGAGAGAGAGACUGAAAUAUCUCUGAAGGAUUCUACACUAGAUAAUUAGGUUGACAUACCUGGAA